AUGGCAAGGCACGGGGACGCACCUUUCUCUGUACCGCUUUCCAGGGAAUUAUCGCCACUUUCGCGCACACUAACAGAUGGUGGCGAAAAGAAGUCGCACGGCACAAACUCCAAAGGUAAGGGCGAAAUCACCAACAAAAGCAAGCGCUCCAAAAGCGUGUCUCAUCUAGCAGACCGCAACAAGAUCCUUGGCAGCAGGAUGACGCCUAUCAAGCCUGAGGAGCAAAAAGUGCCCGAAGAGCCUCUCGAAGAUCCAUUGGAAGAACCUCACCGCGUGGACACAGCGGAAAAGGUUUUCAGGCGACUUUCUGUCGGCUCAAACGACAUGAGAAGGGCCACAUCGCAUGCCCAGCUGUCGUCAACGGCACAUGGCAUGCGUUUGCUUUCCAAGGACAUCCAAAAGUCAAUGGUUGUUUUGCAAGUGAACAGGUUGAUGAUAGUGACCAAAAAGCAAGAUUCAUCGUUGGUUUAUCUCACGCGAGAGAUGGUGGAGUGGAUUCUCGUCAACUACCCCGAAAUUGAAAUUUACGUCGAUGAAACGAUCGAGUGCUCCAACAGGUUUGAUACAAAGGGCAUAAUCAGAGACAGCAGAUGCGGAUCCAACAGAAUUAAGACUUGGAGUCCCGAGCUUGUUGCCAAAAAGGACGACUUUUUUGAUUUGGUGAUAACUCUUGGUGGUGACGGGACUGUGCUGUAUGUUUCCUCUCUAUUCCAGAGAAGUAUCCCGCCUGUUAUGUCCUUCUCGCUAGGUUCCCUUGGAUUCCUCACCAACUUCAACUAUGAGAACUUCAGACAGUCUUUGCCAAGGGUGCUAAACUCCAAAAUUAGGAGUAAGAUGAGAAUGCGUUUAUGCUGCAGGGUAUUCAGGAAGCGUAAGCCUAACAAGGAAAACAACAACUCUCGUUCCAGGAAGAAAUUUACCAUGAUUGGCGAGUACCAUGUACUGAACGAGUUGACAAUCGAUCGGGGCCCAAGCGCUUUUAUUUCGAUGCUGGAGGUGUUUGGCGAUAAUUCACUGCUCACCGUAGCUCAAGCAGACGGGCUGAUUAUUGCUACUCCAACAGGCUCAACAGCUUACUCGUUGAGCGCUGGUGGCUCCCUCGUCUACCCCAGUGUCAACGCUAUUGCCGUUACCCCAAUAUGCCCUCACACUCUGAGUUUCCGUCCCAUCAUUCUCCCUGACAGCAUGAAGUUAAAGGUGAAGGUGCCGCUUAAUUCUCGAGCAACAGCAUGGGCUGCGUUUGACGGAAAGAACCGUGUUGAAUUGUUCAAAGGUGACUACGUCUGCAUAACUGCUAGCCCCCACUCCUUCCCUACCCUUGAAUCUUCUCCAACGGAAUUUAUUGACAGUAUUAGCAGGACCCUGAACUGGAAUGCCCGCGAACCUCAGAAGUCCUUCGCGCAUAUGUUGUCCCAAAAGAACCAAAAGAACUACGUCAGUGAUACAGAAAAACAAAAACAAGACCAGCCCGAAGUGCGUGCGCCGUCCGAUGAAGAAGAAGAAGAAGGCGAAUCUGACUCCGAAUCUCCGUCUCAGUUUAGACCAAAAGCCGCAUCUUCCGCCGCAUCACCCAAACUGAAGCCAAAUUUCCAGUUAUAG